UUCUCUUCAAAAACAAAACAAAACCAACAAAUCAAAAAACAAAAACAAAACCCAAAUAAGCUCACUCACUCCCCUUUAAUGGCUUCUCCACCCUGUUCUUCUCCAUCGUAACACUAAUUUUAACAUCUCAAACUACAUAAUAAUAAAUCAUGUUUACCCAUUUUACCCCUCCUUUCCUUAUCUAUUUCCCAAUCCACUCCACUUUCAAAUCCCUCGUCGGAGCCAACCACACCUCCGCUCGCUUCUGCUCUCGCUAGUCCCUCAAUUUAUUUUCACACACACAAACACUCCCACACUUUAUUCUUUCAUUCUUUUUUAAUUUUCGUCAAUUCAAUUCUUUGUAGAGACUGAUACAUACAAACACACACUAGUAAUGGAACCAGGAGCAAAACCAAGCUUCCUCCGUAACGUACUGACACGUGUCCUCCUAUUCGGGCUUCUAAUCAUCAUCGUCCGAUUCGCUUACAUCGUCACCAUCGCCGGCGAGACAUGCAAUCUCGGCGACUUUUGUUUCUUCUCAUUACCUGAUAAUUUUAGCUAUGUUAUCACCGGAGCAACCGCCGGAACUGCCGGCGCCGCUUCUACUGCAAACAACGCGAUUAAACCGGCGGGUGCGACCACCGGGGAUCUAUAUACGAGCAAAGAUUGGAUCAACGCCGUUAAUUUCUAUUCAUCGGUGUUUCAAGAUCUGAUAACGGACGGUUAUCUCUCGCCGAGCGGUAAAUCGCUAUGUGUCGAGACGCCGGUCGGUAAGGAUGUGUUUGCGUUGAAGGAGAUUGGUGUGAAGGACAGUAUCGGAAUUUCUAAAAAAGCGUUUAAGCCGCUUGUGGUUGGAAGCAAAACGAAUUUAAUUCCGUUUGGUGAUAAUACCUUUGACUUUGUUUUCUCCGGUAACGGAGGGUUUGAUAAGAUUUUACGGCCUUUGGAUCUGGCGGCGGAGAUCCAACGGGUGGUGAAACCUGACGGGUUUGUGGUUGUUCAUGUUAGGGCUAAAGAUAGUUAUAGUUUUAAUUCGUUUCUUGAAUUGUUUAAUUCUUGCAAAUUGAUUAAAUCGCGCGAUUUAGAUGGAUUUGAUUCUUCCAUGUUCUAUAUUAGAGAAAUUGUUCUUCAAAAAAAGGUGACACUACAGUUGCUUCCAACCGAGGGUAGUUCGGGAAAGAAAUGUGCUGCUUCAGAGCAUAAACGGGCGUUGGUUCGUGAUGCGGAGGUGUUGAUUCCGGAGGAGCCAUUGAAGCCGUGGAUUACGCUGAAGAAGAAUAUAAAGAAUGUGAAGUAUUUGCCGACUAUGGCUGAUAUUAGUUUUAAGAAUCGAUAUGUUUAUGUUGAUGUUGGUGCUAGGAGUUACGGGUCGAGUAUAGGGAGUUGGUUUAAGAAACAAUACCCUAAGCAAAACCGGACUUUUGAAGUGUAUGCCAUUGAAGCGGAUAAGGCUUUUUAUGAAGAGUAUAAGUUAAAGAAAGGGAUUACAUUGUUGCCGUAUGCGGCGUGGGUGAGAAAUGAGAGUUUGACUUUUGAGAUUAAUCAUGAUCCGGGUAAGGCGAUUAAGAAUCGACAAAGAGGAAUGGGAAGAAUUCAGCCUGUGAAAUCAUCGACAUCGUCGGAGAAGGAGAGUGAUGGAAGUUUUGAUGGUGAAGUAGAUACAAUUCAAGGGUUUGAUUUUGCAGAGUGGCUGAAGAAUACUGUAACAGAGAAGGAUUUUGUUGUGAUGAAGAUGGAUGUCGAGGGGGCUGAAUUUGAUUUGAUUCCGAGGCUAUACGAGAGUGGCGCGAUUUGUUUGAUUGAUGAAAUAUUUCUUGAAUGCCAUUAUAAUAGGUGGCAAAGAUGUUGUCCUGGUGAGAGGAGUGCUAAAUACGAAAAAACUUACGGGCAAUGCUUGGAUUUGUUCACUUCGUUGAGAGAAAGCGGAGUUCUUGUUCAUCAAUGGUGGUGACUGGUGAUUGGUAUCCUAUACAUCUCCUGUAACAAUUCUUUUAGGUUUUUUAGCUGUUUUGUCAAUUAUCUUAUUUGUUAGAUAAAAGUGAGAAAGAAAGAAAGAUAGGUUCCCUCAAGGGUUUCCAUUACAGUGCAAUUGUAAGCUGUUUUAUUAUGUGUUUUCAAACUGUCUGUCUUAUAUAUAAGAACUGCAUCUGCAAAUGAAACUUUCAGUA